AUGGUUUCUGAGAGGGCCUACCUUCACUCUCCCUCUCCCCCCAGACAGGUUACGCGCAGUGAAGGGACCCAAUAUCCCCCAUUCGGUCAGUUAAGUCGGGACGGCAUCAUCAUCAUCAUCAUCAUCAUCAUCAUCGAUCAAAUCGAUUAUCGUCAACUAAAGGGGGGGGGGAUGAAUCCAACUUCACUGACCUCUACGCCGUUUUCAGUCGAGGACAUUUUGAAGCGGGGUCACCAUGAUGUCUUCGACAGGGGGCCACUGGCGUCCGACCAGCGCGCGCAGAGAGCGCACCGGGACCUCAGUCGUGACUCGCAGCAAAACCCGCGCGCGUCGGGGACACGCGAGAGGCACGACGUCAGCGCCGGCAUUCACAGUGGUCGUUUGGCGGCGGAAAGUGACAUGGGCGCACAUGAGACGCGCGCGCUCGUCAGCUCGUCAAACUCCGAGCGAGCGCCGAGCGACGCGGCGGCGGCGGCGGCGGCGGGACGGAAGCCGAGCGUGCGCAGAAGGCCCCGGGUGCUGUUCUCCAAGAGCCAGGUGUUGGAGCUGGAGAGACGCUUCAGGCAGCAGCGCUACCUGUCCGCCCCGGAGAGAGACCACCUCGCCGGCGCGCUCAAGCUCAGCUCCACUCAGGUCAAAAUCUGGUUUCAGAACAGGAGGUACAAAUGCAAACGUCUACGGCAAGACAAGUCUCUGGAGCUGGCGAGCUGUCCGCCGCCGCCGCCGCCGAGAAGGGUUCCGGUUCCUGUGCUGGUUCGGGACGGCAGGCUGUGCGGCGGAGGCGCUCACCCGGCGCCUCACGACGGGACUGGACCGUUUAGUCCCGUAUAUGCAAGCGGAGACAGCGGUUUAUACGGGUACGGGUACGACAACGUGCCGGUGCCAAACACGGCGAGCAGGCCGACCACUUCUUUCACAGCUGCCCCCCAGAUGCCCCACAGCCGGCUGGUCGACACAGCAGAUCCCGGCAGCGGGGCCUUCGGCCACGGACCCUUUCAAGCCCUGUUACCGGCUCUUAGACACUGGUAA